AUGUUAAGCGGUGAUGGAGUACGAUGUGCUCAACCCUAUUUUCCUCCACAAAUAACAUUUUCUACGUAUGAGAAUAAAGCUAUUUAUGCAAUCGAUGAAUUAAAUCAACAAGCUUACAGAUCAUACAUUAUAAAUCCAACACUAACUGAAUAUUCAUUUGCAAUGCAACAUUUCCCAUUGGCAAUUCCUGAUUCACCUGAAUCAAAAUAUUAUGUUCAAUUGAAAUUAAGCUAUCCAUCAAAUAGUUGUAAUUAUGGAACCUAUUGGAAUUCAUUUAAAAUUGAUAAUUUUGUUAACUUCCGAUAUGAAAUGAUUCAUUCUAACAACAAUACAGGAAAUGAAGAUUAUUGGUAUGCAAAUGAAACAUGUCGAAUUGAUAGUGGUGAAUACUUUCCUUGUCAAGAAAUUUAUUUUAAAAAAAACACAGAUAUACCACUUAGAUCAGCUCAAGUUGUUCGUCGUCGAUGGGAAGUGUUGUAUGAAACGACAUAUUACGAAGUCAUGUCUAUUGGCAAACCCGAUGACAAACUAUUCAAGAGAAUUCCACAAAAUUGGGCUUAUAACUGUACAGAUCUUUCGCUUGGACUUCUUUACAAUCCUCAAUUAUUGGUAAUUCCAUUGAAUAACACUUCAUCAGUACAACUUUGGCUAAAUACUCCACCACAUCGUAUUAACGGCAAUGACACAGUAAUUAUUGAAUGGCAUCCAUCAACUGCGUCAAAAUGCAAUGAUUGCGUCACAUGGACACCAAAACAAUUCAGUUUUAACUCGAUUAACUUUCAACAGACGCAAACACUUCAUAUAACUCGUGUCAAAGAUGGACAAGAUGUACGUCUUAUCCCAAUUUUUUCUGGAGGUGGAUUCGAUAUAGUUGAUCCAGAACAAAGUCAAAUUUCUAUUUACUAG